AUGUUCGGUCAAGAUUUCGGCAAUAAUUCAGUAUGCAUUAGACAUAAAGGAGCUUGGGAAGCCAAAAUGAAUGGGAUGGUUUCAAGAGAUGCUCGAGUCAAAGCAACUUGUCAUCAGAUUUCUUGUUCUGGUGGUCUCAAAGUAGUUGUCGGUGGACAAGCGUUUCCCUGUCAAUCAGGAGUAGCAAGAAUUCAAUCGAAGCAGAUUACUGGGGAGGCUAUCUGUCCCCCACCAAAUGAAGUUUGUGGAGUAAGAAACAUUUACAUGGAAGAUAAUUGUUUUUAUAUUACGUCUAGUUCUCUUUUUGUCAUGGGAAGGACUCAAACUCAGGCUUCAAUGAGAGGAAAUAUUUCUCGUUGA